GGGGCGUGUCCGGAAAUACCCUUCCUCCCCGCCCCCUCCAGGGCGGAGCCUGGCCCCGACGUGAUUGGGAAUGAAUGCUUUGGUGAGACGUGGAGUGGCCCGUGCGGGCAUCCCCUGUCUUUGGAGAGGGAAGUGCUUCAGCUCCGGGAAUGAGCCGGCGGAAAGCAACCGGGUGACGCCGAUGCUGAGGCAUCUGAUGUAUAAAAUAAAGUCCACAGGUCCCAUCACCGUGGCCGAGUACAUGAAGGAGGUUUUGACCAACCCAGCCAAGGGAUAUUACGUGCAUCAUGAUAUGCUAGGGGAAAAAGGAGACUUCAUUACUUCACCCGAAAUAAGUCAAAUCUUUGGGGAGCUACUAGGGAUAUGGUUCGUUAGUGAAUGGAUGACCUCUGGAAAAAGUCCAGCUUUCCAGCUGGUGGAACUGGGUCCAGGUCGGGGGACCCUCACUGGAGAUAUUUUGAGGGUGUUCAGUCAGCUUGGGUCCAUGCUAAAAACCUGUGACAUUUCAAUACACCUAGUAGAGGUGAGCCAGAAAUUAAGUGAGAUUCAAGCACAGGCACUGACUGAGGAGAAGCUCCCUGUGGAGAGAGAUGCCGAAUCCCUGGUGUACAUGAAAGGUGUCACUAAGUCUGGGAUCCCCGUCUCCUGGUACCGAGAUCUGAAGGAUGUUCCUAAAGGAUACAGCUUUUAUCUCGCACACGAGUUUUUGGAUGUUCUUCCCGUGCAUAAAUUUCAGAAAACACCACAAGGAUGGAGAGAAGUGCUUGUUGAUAUCGACCCCCAAGUUUCUGAUAAACUGAGGUUCGUCUUGGCGCCUUGUGCGACGCCAGCAGAAGCCUUCAUACAACACGAUGAAAGAAGGGACCAUGUGGAAGUGUGUCCCGACGCUGGGGUUAUUAUACAGGAACUUUCUCAACGCAUUGCAUCAAGCGGAGGUGCUGCUCUGAUUGCCGACUACGGUCACGAUGGGACAAAGACAGACACCUUCAGAGGGUUUUGUGGACACCAGCUUCAUGAUGUCUUAACUGCUCCUGGAACAGCAGAUCUGACAGCUGAUGUGGACUUCAGUUACCUGCGCAGAAUGGUACAAGGAAAAGUAGCCUCUCUGGGUCCAGUAGAGCAGCGAACGUUUUUAAAAAACAUGGGCAUUGAUGUCCGGCUAAAGGUUCUUUUAGAUAAAGCAGACGAGCCAUCCACGAAGCGGCAGUUACUUCAGGGGUAUGACAUGUUAAUGAACCCUCAGAAGAUGGGAGAGAGAUUCAACUUCUUUGCCUUGCUACCUCAUCAGAGACUUCAUGGUGCAGGUCAAGAAAGGAAUGCCUGUCAGUCAAAGACCCCUGCAUCAUCUGUAGCUGGGUUUGAUGACCUUGUUUGGCAGUGAUAUUUCAGCUUGGACUGUUUAUUCUUCAGUGUGCUUUAAAAAUCAAAAUAAAAGAAACUCAUUUUGUAUAUUGAAGGUAAUGACAGUGUUCAAACUGUCUCUUUGCAGUCAAUAAACAUAGCCUUUUAUAUAAAAUACAAUCAAAAUAGUUGGAUGUUCAAGGCUAUAUGUAACUAACUCUUGGUAUAAUUGUUUUUAACCUAGUGAGGUAGUUUAUUGUGAUAUCAAGUUUCCUUUAGUCAAGCUAGUUGUUGUAUUUCUAUUUACUUUUUUUUUUCCUUCGAGACGGUUUCUCUGUGUAGCUUUGUGCCUUUCCUGGAACUCAUUCUGUAGCCCAGGCUGGCCUUGAACUCACAGAGAUCUGCCUGCCUCUGCCUCCCGAGUGCUGGGAUUAAAGGCGUGAGCCACCAUCACCCGGCCUCUAUUUACUUUUUAAAAACACAUGAGCACUGGUUGGUUUGUUGGAAACUGCAAAUACGGUAAAUGGCUAUUUCCAGGGAUCUGAGUCAUCAGCUCUGCAUAUUAUUUUUAAAAAAGGGAAAAGCCGUAUACUCUGAUAGAAGAAUCUCCAAGGUUUAGUAAAUAGAAGUCAGACGUGAGUUUCUACAGUUAUGAUUCUGAUUUUGCUGAAGGAGACAGUUAAAUGAAUAUGCCAGUAUGACUUUUAGUUUUCUGUUCUCGGUGUGCACAGGCCGAGAAAAGAUGAAGGACUGAACAGCUGGGCAGGGAAUCAGCAGUGAAUUCCCCAAUCUGGAAGCAGGGAUCAGAAGGUUUACACAUGCUUCUGUGGAUUUAAGUAAAGAUUCAUUCUAAAAUUGUAAAGAAGUAAUAAAAACCAUAGUUUU